GAAGGAGAAAUCCAUAUACCAUCAUCUUAACAUGCUUAGCCUUGAUGUAACAAAAAAGUGUCUUGUGGCUGAGGGGUGGAGUCCUAUUUUUGCAUCAAAACAGAUCCAGGAUGCAUUGCAGCGGGCAGCAUUUGACUCCAACUCACAAGUUGGCGCUAUUUUCCAGGUUUUGCACACACAGGAGGCACCACCUACCUAUUUCCGCACAAACAAAUUCACUUCUUCUUUUCAAGAAAUUGUUGAGGCAUAUGGGGUAGCUAAGUAUCAAGAAGCAAAUCCUGCUGUAUAUACUAUCGUGACAUUCCCAUUUCUUUUUGCUGUCAUGUUUGGUGAUUGGGGACAUGGAAUAUGUUUGUUACUUGCGACACUAUAUUUAAUAGGCAGGGAAAGGAAACUUUCUAGUCAGGUAUUAUUUACAUAUGAUUUGUAAUCACUUAUUUUGACAUGUCCAAUCUCAACAAUUAUAUUGUUUCAUUAUAGUCCAUUGUGUAGGAUCAAAGAUUGAUGUAUUCCCUACUGUCUUCUAUGCUAGUCAGCUGUUCCAUUUU